GUACGACUACUCGAUCACGGCCUUAUUCGUGGCUUAUGUGGUGUAUUGGGCUUUUGUUUUAAAGCCUGAGAAUAUACCUGCGUUCGUUUUUUUGGCCCAUCAGCCACCUAGCUGGAAUUAUUUUGUCGUACGUGUUUGUGCCAACUAGCUCGUGGCAGGAACAAUAAUGUUUGUUGGUGUGGGUUGACUCGUCAUCCGUUCGUCUGAUCUCGUCGGGAGGGAGAGAACCUGUGAAAGAGCUGGGGUUGCCCCCCGGAUUAAGCUCCGACGAGCAAGUCAGUGUAUCUUUGUGGAGAGAGUUGAGAGAAUAGAUAGAGAGAUGAAGUGUAGAGAGAUAAUAGAAAGUAGAAAGUGAGAAGAGAGAGAGAAGGCCCCCUUCAAUGGGGAGUUUCAUGCCUUUAAAUACUUCGUAGUGGUGUUCGUCCGGAGCACGUUACCGAUUGAGCGCGCCCUUAUUUAGUCCGCGCGUGGAGUAUUUAGUAACACCCCCAACAAUUGCCCCCCAAGUUGGUGGUGAGUCUUAACUCAUCGCUAGCUUAUUACUUUUUUUUUUCUAAAAAAUCUUCGUCGGUAAUUUUGGGUGGAGCCCUAUGUACCCCAGUUGCCCCCCAGCUGGUGGCGCGUUUGGUUGACGCGGUGCCAGCUUCUUGCGUCUUGCCCCCCAGUUGGUGUAUUUCAUUAAGGCGUGUAACCUUCACUCAUUGUAGAUUCUUCAUGGAGCUCUCCUCGUCGUUUUUUUUUUUUUACCCUCAGUUUGGAGUUCUCCUCGUCGGGGUUUUUAACCCUCAGUUUGGAGUCUUCGAUGCUCUUAUUGAAGUCUUAUUUGUGUGCUUCGUUGAGACUUAUUUGUGGCUCCUCGUCGGGGUUUUUAACCCUCAGUUUGGAGCCCUCCUCGUCGGGGUUUUUAACCCUCAGUUUGGAGUCUUCGAUGCUCUUAUUGAAGUCUUAUUUGUGCGCUUCGUUGAGACUUAUUUGUGGCUCCUCGUCGGGGUUUUUAACCCUCAGUUUGGAGCCCUCCUCGUCGGGGUUUUUAACCCUCAGUUUGGAGUCUUCGAUGCUCUUAUUGAAGUCUUAUUUGUGUGCUUCGUUGAGACUUAUUUGUGGCUCCUCGUCGGGGUUUUUAACCCUCAGUUUGGAGCCCUCCUCGUCGGGGUUUUUAACCCUCAGUUUGGAGUCUUCGAGGCAAUGUGCCCUUUCCCUUAGCGCCAUUAACGCUCAUGAGAGUAAAAUAUUUCAAUAUUUGAUAGUGAUAAGGGAUAGAGUACUUAGCUUUCUAUUGGCGAAGCGGCGCGAAGAGAGUUAAAUAAGAGUGCUGUGCCAAAGAAUCACAAGGCGCAUCUGUAGUCUGUUGGUGAUAUGGCUUGUCUGGUUGAGGAGUGAACGCGGGUUCAAUUCCUCUUGGCGGCGACAUUUUCGUUUUGGUGGUCUCAGCGCCUGUUUGCAGGCUUUGCGGACCAUGUUCCGCUGGCCUGUUGUCGAGUUGUGGAUUGCCCAUCUUUGGUGAGUGGGCCGCGAGUUGGAGGAGCAGCGCGAGCAAAAAGGUAAAAUAAACCUUCCGCGCUUAUUUGACAACAAUUGUCACGUAGUCCACUGGUUCCGUUUGCUUGUACGCGAAUGGUUGGUCAGCGGUUCGACGCCUGUCUACCAUUCAUCAUUUUUGGGUGCCUCGCGCACGACUGAGCGGUGGUGGGCCCAUCUGGCGCGAGUGGGCCGGGUGGAGCGGGCCGCGAGUGGGUUUGAGGCGGAAGGUGGGCCGGGUGGCGCACGACUGAGCGGUGGUGGGCCCAUCUGGCGCGAGUGGGCCGGGUGACGCCAACUGAAGGGUGGAGCGGGCCGCGAGUGGGUUUGAGGCGGAAGGUGGGCCGGGUGGCGCGAGCUGAAGGGUGGAGCGGGCCGCGAGUGGGUAUUGAGGCGGAAGGUGGGCCGGGUGGCGCGAGUGAGUCGGACGGGGCGCGAGUUGGGCCUGACGCGGAGUGGAGGACUGGAGGUCAGGUGGAGGUUGACUUGUGCGAAGCGGCGCGAAGAGUUGUUAAAAGCCAGACGCUGCGCCAUUGAAGCAGAAGGCUUGUAUGUAGCCUACUGGCAGUAGCGCUUGUGAGAUGGAGUGAUGGCGCGGGUUCAAGUCCUCGCGGCGACAAUAAUAUUUUUGAUGUGGCGCGUCUUGGAUGCGUGACGCGAGCCCGCAUGGAGGAUUGGGUCUGGUGCGACGCGGGCUGGUGGAGUGCGCGGCGCGGGCUGGUGGGUCGCGCCUGGUGAUGCGGGCUUAUGUGGCGCGGGAAACAGACUUUAUAUGUUUGAGCGCGGAGUUGGAUCACCAAGCGCGCAUGUAGCCUGCUGGUGAUGUUGCUUGUCUGGCGGAAGAGGGGCGCGGGUUCAAAUCGCGGCGGAAGCAGUAUUUUUUGAGUGUUGUGAGGAUUGGCGAAGUGGGCCGCGAGAUGCUUCCGCGCGAGUUGUUGGGCCGCAACAUAGGCGCGGGCCUGGAUGAGGCGGGCCGGAUGUGCGGCAGUGGCCUGUGAUGUUUGACUCGGGUCGGGCGCGAUGAGGAUCUGCGCGGGCUGAGGGUGGAGGGUAGCAAACUGUUUUUUUUUUUUUUAAUAUCCACUCACCAGCCUUGCACCCACUUGCCUUUCUUUUUCUGACACAAGGAGAAAGUAGUGGUAACCCCCCCCCCCCCCUCCUUUUUUAUAGGAGAAGCCUCCAUGAUUACACUGACUUGCUCAACCUUUGGUGAAGUUGGUGCCAUUAAGGAGAGGUUUCUAGCGGAAUGAGUAGGAGGAAGAACAAAUAUUGACUUGUUACGUUGUUGUCGCCGGUAGUGGAUGCUGGGUAAGGAAGCCUUUUUCUUUCUCACAGAGGUAUUUGUGCGAUCACCGUCUCCAUCGCCCCUCGUCCUUCGGAGAUCAGACGAAGAAAGUUGUUGAAUCUGC